AUGUCACUCGAAAUUUGUCAUGUUAAGUUGUUACCAUUAUUCUUUAUUGUAUUGAAAAUAAUCUUAGUACAAAGCAUACAUAGUGCAGAAUUCAGGGACUCUGCUGAGUCAAAUAGAAGGAUUCCAUAUGAAAAUGCCUUGGGUGAAUCAAAAAAACCUAGUGUAAAGAACUUUGUAAGCAAUAAAGAUGAUGUUUAUAACACCGCAUUAUUUAUCGAACGUCUUUACAAGGAUUCUCGUGCUAGGAACGAAUUAGUUCGAGAUCCUAACUUGGUACGAGUUCAAGAAGUGUUGAAUCAGUUUUUCUUUUCUCAAGACCUAGGCAGAGGUAAACGAGAUAACAAAGGUAAGAAACGCGUAAAGCUUAGCCAUGACGCUGAUGAAUGGGAAAACUGGAACGAAUGGACUCCGUGCAGUGUAACGUGCGGAAGGGGAAGGAAAAUUCGAUGGCGUCACUGUUUGCAAGGUUGUGACGGUGUCGAGACCGAAAUGCAGGAGAAAACUUGUCAGCUUCCCGAUUGUGUUCGAGGAAUUUUCUCCGUUUUGUAAUCCAUGUCUAGUUUUAGAAAUAAAUUUUAUAUUUGAUUUA